GGUUAAGGGUAUUUUCUUAGUAUAACAAAAUAAUGGAGGCCAAAACGUAUAUACAAUGAAAUUUGGGAGGCAGAAUGUACUUCACCCAUUUUCAGACUUGAUCACCUUCUUCAACAUGAACAUCAUCAGAUAAUCGAAUUCAUUUGGGCCAGGAAUCAAGAAAUCACGUUCUUCUUCAUUGUAUUUUUUGUAGCAUUUGAUUUUGCUCGUGAUGUUAACUCAAGCAAUUUCAAUUCGGAAGGCCCAGAUUAGCUUGAGACUUCAGUGAUGGCUUCCUCCGCCGUCGAUUCACCGUUGUUGUCAAACUCCGACAUAGUCGAAGGAAACGUUGACUUCAAAGGCCGACAGGUCAGGCGGUCCGAAUCCGGUAGAUGGAGAUCAGCUUCUUUCAUCAUAGGUGUGGAGAUGGCGGAGAGAUUUGCUUAUUCUGGAAUUAGCGCGAAUUUGAUUACUUACUUGACGGGCCCACUUGGUCAGUCCACUGCCGCCGCCGCCAAGAAUGUAAAUGCUUGGGACGGCACGGCGGCGCUUCUGCCACUUGCUGGUGCUUUUAUCGCCGACUCAUUUCUCGGUCGUUACUGCACCAUUAUCGUCGCUUCGGUGCUCUAUAUCCUGGCACUUGGUUCAUUGACUCUCUCAGCUACCCUGCCCAUCUUCAAGUCAUGUGAGUAUCAGGUUGCUCCUAACGUCCUGGCAUGUUCUCCUGCCGAGAUUCAAGUUGCCAUUUUCUUCUUUUCGUUGUAUCUAGUAGCAAUAGCGCAAGGAAUGCACAAGCCGUGUGUCCAGGCAUUUGGAGCAGACCAGUUUGAUGGACAAAAUCCGGAAGAGGCUAAAGCCAAAAGCUCGUUCUUUAACUGGUGGUAUCUUUCUAUGUGUGCGUCUAUAACAGUCACUUUGGUGAUUUUGACCUAUAUUCAGGAAAAUUUUAGCUGGGGCCUCGGGUUUGGAAUCCCAUGUCUUGUCAUGCUAAUUGCUCUAAUCUUGUUUUUGCUUGGAACAAAUACUUACCGGUUCCACGUUCAGUGUGAUGAAAGCAACCCGUAUCUGAGGAUUGUCCGAGUAUUUAUUAGAGCCGCUAAGAAUUGGAGGACCACUCCUUCCGAGCUGGAGCGGCAGAGAGUUCAUUCCUAUCUAGGUUCUCAACAUUUGAAAUUUCUCAACCAAGCAUUGUUAGGACCAGAUGGUUCACGUGAACAAGGGGAAGUAUGUAAUAUCAGUGAGGUUGAAGAAGCAAAAGCAGUUGUUAGGCUAUUUCCAAUAUUGGCAACAUGUUUGGUUUACGGAAUCGUAUAUUCACAAUCAUCCACUUUAUUUACCAAGCAAGGAGUUACAAUGGAUAGAUAUAUUGGUCAGAACUUUCAAGUACCUGCUGCUUCACUUCAAUCUCUCAUCACUUUGUCCAUAGUUGUGUUUGUGCUUCUCUAUGACCGUAGUUUGGUUCCUAUUGCUCGAGCUGUAACUGGGAAACCUUCAGGUAUAACAAUGCUUCAGCGAAUUGGUACUGGAUUAUUGCUCUCAUGUCUCACCAUGAUUAUAGCUGCUUCUGUCGAGAAAAAGCGCCUCAAUAUUGCUCAAAAUUAUGCAUUGGUUGAUGAACCAAAUGCACCAGUUCCUCUGAGUAUAGUAUGGUUGAUACCGCAGUAUUUGUUCUUGGGAGUUUCUGAAUCACUUACUAUGGUUGGUUUGCAAGAAUUUUUCUACAAUCAGGUGCCGAGCGGGUUGAAAAGUACUGGUCUUGCUCUGUAUCUCAGCAUCUUUGGGGUAGGAGGGUUUCUUAGCAGCUUUCUGAUCUCUGUGAUUGAGAAAGCUACAGGUGGACAAGGUAGUGACAGUUGGUUUUCUGAUAACUUGAAUAAGGCACACCUUGAUUAUUUUUACUGGCUGCUCGCCGGACUAAGUGCCGUAGCAUUCAUAGCAUUUCUUCUUGUGGCGAAGUCUUAUUCCUAUAAUUGAGCUUGCACCUGUCAAUAUCUGAGCAGAAAGUUGAAAAUGAAACUCUUUCGACAUUCCAAAGAGGUGGCAAUGUUUCUUGUUUCACAAAAAGGAAAUGUUGUACUGGCUUGGAGCCCUUCAAAAUGAGGAAUUAAGAUCGGUUUGGUUCUGGUGGUGACGAAGUUUGUAACCAUUACAGGGAAUCGCAUUGUCUCCAGCGGAGGCCCUGGGAUGUAUCCCCUUGAUUGCCUUGGAAGUCAAGCUGAUUAGCUGAACCUCAACCAGGAGAUGAUCAAUGUACCUAUUCUGAGUGCGGAAUUCUUGAAGUUGGGCCCUAUAUAUCACUGUAUACUGUAUACUGUAUGUAAAUUUUGCCCUUUAGAACUGUUAUAUCUAUAGCAUCAUAUGUUAAUUUCUGUCUGCUCCAAUUAUUGAAACAAACCUUAUGUAGUUCGAAACCAGAUAUCAAUCUGAGAGAUUCUUUAUAGUUUAUUAGGAAGUAGGCAUCCCAUGAAAUUCUAGUUUAGUUAUCAAGAGUAUAUAAUGAUGCAAAAGAGCAUCGGUUGAAGUCAAUUGCUUUAUAUUCUUCUACCUCUUCAUCUUUGAGCGAUGGUUUCUUUUCGGAGGGAUUUUGAACUGGUACUGAAGAAACAGUUUUAGCUUCCUGGUCUGUAGGUCUGUUAAGAUUGAGUGAUUUGAGAUUAUUCGGUUUUCAAUCAAAACUAUCCAAUAUUAGCGGUUAAAAUGGAAUACCAAUUCGGUUUUCAUAUGUGUACUGAAUGUGACGAUUGCUUAGUUAUGGUUGCGCCAAUUGAGAUGUGGAAGUUGCAAGAUCAAGAAAAGUUAAGAGUUCGUAGUGAG